AUGCAUCUACUUCACAGGGAAGCACUGGCCUUGCGCCCGGUCGGUCACACAGAUCAGUCCAUGUCAUUAAAUAACCUCGCAAAUCAACUCUCCUCUCGCUUUGACCACCGAGGCAACGACAAAGACUUGGAUCAGGCUAUUGCACUUCAGAGGGAAGCAUUUGCCUUGUGCCCAGUCGGUCAUGUGAAUUGGUCCAUGUCAUUAAACAACCUCGCGACUCAACUCUCCUCCCACUUUGACCAUCGAGGCAACGAUGAAGACUUAGAUCAGACUAUCACACUUUACAGGGAUGCG